CGGCUGUACGACAUGCAGCACACGCCCAUGCCGUUCGGCGACGAGGUUGAACCCACCAUCAUCGAGCGCAGCGUCCAGCCCUGCAGCGAGAGCAUCAUCAGCAGCUUCGCCUGGCAUCCGUCCGCCCAGAACCGCAUGGUGGUGGUGUCGCCCAACCGGGUCAUGAACGACUUCACGGUCUUCGAGCGCAUAUCGCUGGCCUGGAGCUCCACCACGGCGCUGAUGUGGGCGUGCGGGCGGCACCUGUACGAGUGCGCGGAGGACGCCGGUCAGGGGGCGGUCGCUGCUGAGAAGGACAUCGCCACUAAGAUGAGGGAGCGAGCGCAGUCGCGUUACGGCCACGACACUGUGCAGGUGUGGAGGAACCACGUGCUGGCCGGAGGAGACGACCCGCAGCUGAGGUCGCUCUGGUACACGCUCCAUUUUAUGAAACAGUACACUGAAAAUGUGGAGCAGAAGCAACAGAGCAAUAAACAGUCGCUCAUCUACUCAGGCAUCAAAAACAUCGUCAAGUCCAGCUCUGGCACUACAGAGACACGGCGCUGCUGGUCGGGUUCAGACAGGCAGACCGAUGUACCGCGGUACCACAGCGAGGAGCGCAGUCUGGCUCUGCAGCUGUGUGGUUGGAUCAGUCGAGGGCCUGACAUCGAUGUGGAGCCCUUCCUGAAGUCUCUGGAGCAGGAGGGCGAGUGGGAGAGAGCCGCUGCUGUCGCUCUCUUUAACCUGGACAUCCGACGGGCCAUUCAGAUUCUUAACAAAGGAGCUUCAGCAGAGAAAGGUGAUCUGAACCUGAACGUGGUGGCCAUGGCUCUGUCAGGCUACACUGAUGAGAAAAACUCCCUGUGGAGAGAGAUGUGCAGCUCUCUCAGACUCCAGCUGAAGAAGCCGUACCUGUGUAUCAUGUUUGCCUUCCUCACCAGUGAACCUGGCGCCUAUGAUGCCGUCUUGUAUGAGAGUCGUGUGGCUGUCAGGGACAGGGUGGCAUUUGCAUGUAUGUUUCUAAAUGACGCUCAGUUGCCUCGUUACAUAGACAAGCUGACCAAUGAGAUGAAGGAGGCUGGUAAUCUGGAGGGCAUCCUGCUGACAGGACUGACGAAAGACGGAGUGGAUCUCAUGGAGAGUUAUGUAGACCGAACCGGAGACGUGCAGACGGCCAGUUUCUGCAUGCUCAAAGGCUCCCCAGGAGAGGUGCUGAAGGACCCUCGGGUGCAGUGCUGGAUCGAGAACUAUCGCAACCUGUUGGACGCAUGGAGGUUUUGGCAUAAACGGGCUGAAUUUGACAUUCAUAGGAGCAAAUUGGAUCCCAGCUCAAAACCACUUGCACAGGCUAGAAUCAAGUUGUUUUUAUUUCUGGCAGUUGUUAACAGGUCUCUAAUCCACUUGCCUCAUCAGGGCCGUGGAUUCAGUCAGUACGGGGUCAGCGGUUCACCCACCAAGUCAAAGGUCACCAGUUGCCCUGGCUGUCGUAAACCACUUCCACGCUGUGCCCUCUGCUUAAUGAACAUGGGCACUCCUGUGUCCAGCUGCCCAGGCACAGGAAAAGCAGAUGAGAAAGCCGAUCUCACACGAGACAAAAAACUCGCACAGUUCAAUAACUGGUUCACCUGGUGCCACAACUGCCGGCACGGUGGUCACGCGGGUCACAUGCUCAGCUGGUUUAGAGAUCACAGUGAGUGCCCAGUUUCGGCCUGCACCUGUAAAUGCAUGCAGCUGGACACCACAGGCAACCUGGUGCCUUCUGAUAGUGUAUAAAGGCCUUUCUGACUUAAAUCUCCCACAUUACUAGAGUAGUCAACAUGUGAAGUGGAUCAUAACCUUUCAUCAAAGUUGUCCUAAAACCUAAAACCAAAUUCGUUCUCGUCUUAGGACAACUUUGAUUCACUUUUUUGAUCCACUUCAAAUGUUGACUACUGUAGAAACCAGCUACCAACAUUAGUACUGUAAGUGAUAAUGGCAAAGUUCUCAUAGUUUCAGAAGUUAAAGAUGAGCAUAUGUGUCUUUUCUGAAGUGAUCUGCACACCUCACUGGUAUUGAAGUUGAUGACAGGUGCUCUAUUGUCACAGGAACUAAAGCAGUUAAAUUGUUAGGAUUAUGUUACCCAUGAUUAACUCACUCACCCACCCACGGGCAGUUGUGUUUUCUCAGACAUCUGACCUUCUCGAGAGACAAGCUAUGUGAAUGUCUGACCUAUGCAUUUGUGGUCCAGUAGCAGGAGUUUCUAGGAAUAAAACUAUUUCAGUACCAACUUUAGAGACAGGGAAAGAGAUACCACAACAGUUUAACCUGAGGAGUUUGAAUGCAUGUAAGGAAUAUUUUGUUUAUAUCUUAGAAAGUGCUUUCACACGGUCCAUAACUACUUCCACUACUUGCCUUUGAGUUUAGCGAUUUAUAUUGUUUUAUUAUUCUGUAUUUAUUGCAUAUUACUCCAUACCACGCUGAACCUCAGUCAGCUGUUGAAAAUUAGAUUUGUCAGAGAUCUACAAUACAGGUCAAAUGAUCUACACUUGAAAGUAGUAAAGUGUCUAUUCAGUUUGUUUUAAAAAUAGCUUUUAACAAAUAACACAAAGUGAUUUUUGUUGUUUAAGAUGUGUAGGUUUAACAUUAGUUCUGGCUAAGUGUUGCAUUGUUUGGAUCCAAAGGUAAUGCUGUUUUGUAAUGCUUACCUUAAUUUAUUGCACAAUCAAUGCAACAAUUUAACAAUCUAACUAUUUAAAUGAUUGUGUCUUUAUUUUUUGAAAAGCAAAAAUAACUUACAUCAAUGACUAAUGUUAUUAAAACAUUUUUUGAAGGA